AUGCUUCGAAACACCAUCAGACAGUUCUCAAAGUCCUCAGCAACCAUGUCGAAAGCUCUCAAGCUGUCCUCCGGCUAUAACAUGCCAUUGAUUGGCUAUGGUAUCUGGAAAGUCCCCAAGGAGAACGCAGCCGACUCGGUCUACAAUGCCAUCAAGCUCGGAUACCGCCACAUCGACGGCGCCCAUGACUACCAGAACUCGGCCGAGGCCGGGCAGGGAGUUCGCAGAGCUCUCGAGGAGGGUAUUGUGAAGCGCGAGGAGCUCUUCAUUGUUUCCAAGCUCUGGAACAACUACCACGCCCGCGAGCAUGUCCACGAGAUGGCCAACUUCGAGAACAAGAACUGGGGGGUUGGAUACCUUGACCUGUACCUGAUUCACUUCCCAAUCGCACAGCGCCACAUCCCCAUGUCAGAGCUCAAAUAUCCCUGUUUCUGGGCGGAUGCCGCCCAAAGCAAGGUGACGGAGCAGGUCCCCGUGCCCAUCCAGGAGACGUGGCAGGCCCUCGAGGAGCUCGUCAUCUCCAAGGACAACCCCAACGGCAUCCUGCGGUCCAUCGGCGUGGCCAACUUCAACGCCAUGCUGCUGUACGACGUCCUGCGCUACGCCAAGAUCAAGCCCGCCGUCAACCAGGUCGAGCACCACCCGUACCUCGUGCAGCCGGGCCUGAUCUCGAUGUGCCAGGAGAACGGCAUCGCCGUGACAGCAUACAGCUCCUUCGGCCCUCAGAGCUUCAUCGAGCUUAGCAACAAGCGCGCCCUGGGCGCCGGCCCGCUGUUUGAGAACGAGGCCGUCCUGGCUGCUGCCAAGAAGCACGGCAAGACGCCCGCUCAGGUCCUCCUGCGGUGGGCGACGCAGCGGGAUAUUAUUGUCAUUCCCAAGAGCAACAACCAGGAGAGGCUGGCGCAGAACCUGGACUCGACGGGCUUCGACCUGUCUGAGGACGAGAUCGCGGCCAUCUCGGCGCUGGACAGGGGCCUGCGGUUCAAUGACCCUGCUGACUUUGGUCUGAGGAUAUUUGCUUAG